CCUGCAGAUGAGUUUAGUUUCUCUAAUCUCAGGGGUCCAGCAACAAGAAGCCAGUGAGCGAGAGGUUUGUUUUUAGAAGUGGGAGGAGAUACACAGGUGGGAACACUCAUUGGGAAUUGUUUCAGGAUAAACAAGGUGAGGCAGAGAAGGAUAGGGGGCAUGAGAAAGGUGGAGACCGGCCAGGCGCACAAGGACAGGUUAGACUGGUUUCUACCCACGCGAUCCUCACGUCUCCUCGCUUUUUGAGAAACUACACAAGUAGGGGUGGAAAAAAAAAGCGCCAGUUAAGUGUCCUUGGAAGAGAAACUACAUAAGAACAGCCACAGAAAGGAAUUUCAAGAUGCCAGAGGAAGGAGAAUUUUAUGGAAAGCAUGGAGAGCCGAGAAAAUAUGAUCCUACAUUCAAAGGCCCACUCCAGAAGAGGAGCUGCACAGACAUUGUGUGCUGCAUUCUUUUCAUUGUUGCCAUAGUAUGUUAUAUUGGAGUGGGAAUACUUGCUUGGUCUCAGGGUGACCCCAGGAAGGUGAUCUAUCCCACGGACAGCCGAGGCCAGUUCUGCGGGCAGGCCGGCACCCCUCUUGAGAAGAAGCCACUGUUAUUCUACUUCAACAUCAUGAAGUGUGCCAGCCCCGUGGUGCUGCUGGAGUUCCAGUGUCCAACCACACAGAUGUGUGUGGAGAAGUGCCCUGAUAAAUUCAUGACAUUGAUCAACGCUCACGCCAGUAGAAAAGACUUUGACUACUACAAGAACUUCUGCAAGGAAGGCGUGACUAACUCAAUGGCUGUAACCCAAAUUCUCAAGUUAGGCCUGUGUCCUGCCAUGCUGACCCCCAGCAAAUCUUUCACCCGUAGGUGCUUCCCGGCUUUGGGUCAAAAAGGAGGAGUGAUACUUGUGGGAAAUAACUCUCACUUUGAUGAUGGAACUGGAAAAAUGAGAGAUGCCAAGGAUCUCGUAGAUGGAGUGAAGAAUGCAACUGUGGUCAUAGAAGCUCGCCAGGUGGUCAUGAAAAUCUUUGAGGAUUACACGCAGUCUUGGUACUGGAUCCUGAUAGGUUUGGUUAUCGCGACAGUCCUCAGCCUGGUCUUCAUCGUCCUCCUCCGCUUCCUGGCAGGGAUUAUGGUCUGGGUCAUGGUAGCCUUGGUGAUCAUAGUGAUUGGAUAUGGUAUCUUCCACUGCUAUAUGGAGUACGAUGCCCUGAAGGGAAGACCUGGAGCUGAUGUGACCCUGCAGGAUCUCGGCUUCCAGACAGACUUCACAGUCUACCUUCAGAUCAGACAGACCUGGCUGGCCUUCAUGAUCAUUCUCGCCAUCGUGGAAGUCAUCAUCAUCCUUGUACUCAUCUUCCUCAGGAAACGGCUUCUCAUUGCCAUCGCACUCAUCAAAGAAGCCAGCAAGGCGAUUGGACAUGUGAUGUGUUCUCUCCUCUACCCACUGUUCACUUUUCUCCUUUUGGCUAUAGUCAUCGCUUACUGGGCCACCACCGCAGUUUUCCUGUCGACUUCAAACGAACCCGUCUACAAAGUGUUCAACGAGUCGGCGUGUGAGCACUCGAGGAAAACGUGCGAUCCAGCUAACUACACAACCUCGGCCAUGAAAUCUCAGUGCCCGGACUCGGAGUGCCUUUUUGCCUUCUAUGGGGGAGAGACUGUUUACCACAAAUACCUGAUCGGCUUGCAGUUCUACAACGUCUUCCUCUUCUUUUGGUGUGCCAACUUUGUCACGGCGCUGGGACAGAUGACGUUGGCGGGGGCCUUUGCCUCCUACUACUGGGCUUUUGUCAAGCCGGCCGACAUACCUUCUUUCCCAAUAUUUUCUUCUCUCGGGAGAUCUCUCAGGUAUCACACAGGAACCUUGGCUUUUGGCUCCCUGAUCCUUUCAAUCAUCCAGAUCAUUCGAGUUCUGCUUGAGUAUCUGGAUCAUAAACUUAAAGGAGCCCAUAAUAAGUUCACCAGAUUCCUCCUGUGCUGUAUGAAGUGCUGCUUUUGGUGCCUGGAGAAAUGCAUCAAGUUCUUAAACAGAAACGCCUACAUUAUGGUGGCGAUAUAUGGCAAGAACUUCUGCACAGCUGCCAGAGAUGCCUUCUUCCUGCUCAUGAGGAAUAUAAUUAGGGUGGCUGUGUUAGACAAAGUGACAGAUUUCCUCUUGUUUUUGGGCAAACUGCUCAUUGUCGGCCUCGUGGGGGUCUUUGCAUUUUUCUUCUUCUCUGGGAGAGUGAAGGCCUUUGAGGACACCGCUCCCCAUCUCCACUACUACUGGGUACCCAUCCUGACUGUAGUGGUUGGCUCUUAUCUGAUUGCCCAUGGAUUCUUCAGCGUGUACGCUAUGUGCGUGGACACACUGUUCCUCUGCUUCUGUGAAGACCUGGAGCGUAAUGACGGUUCAGCUGCGAGGCCUUAUUACAUGUCCGCUUCUCUCCGUGAGAUUCUCUGGAAGAACAACUCGGAGGGUCCACCAUCUUCUGCUCUCCUGCAGGAUCAAGAAACCAAUGGGGGGAAAAUGUUUGAGGACACAGCUUUCAUAGACAGGAAAUUUCUCGAUUAAGAAAAAAUGUUUAGAUUUUUUUCCAUUUGAAACUUAGAAGACGGGUCUCUUUUUGAGCCGUAGGUCUCCCGAGCACGCUCAGAAGUGGCAAGGUACCCCGAAACAGGGAAGUUUCUCGAACAGUCGGCUGAAUACUAGUUUCGUAGCCACGUCUCCAUUUUCCUGGAGUGUUCAAUGUGAUUGGCUGUUACGUAUUCACGCUGCAGGCCAGUAGCCAUUUGAUACCACUUAUGUGCCUACUUUCCUAAUUUAACGAUCUUCUCAAUGCAUCUUUGAACGAAUGGAGAAUUAGAAACUUUUCAAAGAAUUGACCUGUACUAACGACCGAUGACCUAGAAGCUUGAUUUUACUUUGUACUGUUAGCGUUUUGAGUUUUUACUGUGAAUCUACCUAGUUUGAUGGUAACCCCUUUCAACAUGUUUGCCAAUGUACUUGUUAUAUAAUAAAGCAGAAUUAAUUGCAACAAAA